GGGAUGGGCACUAAGCCGGGCCGGACCGAGCCGGUCUCGCCGCCGCCGGGCCCGGACUCCAGGACCCCGUGUCCCGAGCUGCUGGCGGUGGCGGAAGAGGCCUUCCGCGGCGGCAACUACGAACUGGCGGCUGAGAUCUACGGCUCGCAGCUGGCCGAGCUGCCCCAACCCGAGCGCAGCCUCUGUCUGCGGCGAGGGGACGCGCUGGCUCGAGCCGGCCGCGCCGCCGAGGCGCUGGACUCUUACACCGUGGCCGCCCGUCUUGGCAGCCUGCGGCCCGAGGAGCUGAAGGAGUUAGUGGAGAGCUGCGCCCUGGCCAUCCGCGAGGAACUGCACUUGCCCCCUUGGGAGCCAGCCCUCGGUGGCGGCGCCGGCGGCGGAGAGUCGAGCGCUGGAGAUGAGUCGGCUGCGGCCCCCGGCCCUUUCUCUCCUGCCGCCGCCUCCUCUUCCUCCACCCUCACCGCUGCCUGGGACUUGUUCUGCUGCCCACGGUGCCGGCUUCUGCUUUGCGACCCAGUAACCCUGCACUGCGGACACACUUUGUGCAAGCGCUGCACCGAGACGGACCCCGGGCUCCCCGCCGACCCCUGUUGCCCAUCCGCCAAAUCCCCGCCCAGUCGAAGGGACAGCUGCCCCUCUCGAGUCAACGUGGUCCUCGGCAACCUGCUGGAGAAAUGUUUUCAGACGGAGAGUCGGGUGCGGAGGCUAGCCAGCCAAGCGGAGAGUUUGCGGCAUCAACACGAGCUGGACGCAGCCUUGCACAAGUACAACCAGGCUUUGGAUCUGGCUCCUGGUGACAGUUUGUUAAUAGUACAACGAGCAGAAUUAUUCACAGUCAUGAAGAAAUAUAAUCAAGCCCUUCAUGAUGCAGAUGCAGUUUGCAGAAGUAAACCUCUAUGGCCAAAGGGACAUUAUGUGAAAGCUCAGGCUCUUUCUGGAUUGGGAAGAACUGAGGAGGCAUUGAAGGAGUUUCUCUAUUGUGUUGCCUUAAAUCCUGGACGAGGAAUAAUAAAGAAAGAAGCCCAAAAGAUAAUGUGUGAAGUGUUUUUCUCAGCUUUGGAAAAUAUACAUGAAAAUUUAACAUCUUCCUUCCGAAGUCGAGCACCUUAUACCAGAUUGAAACCUAAAUUUAUGAGUAAUGUAAAUACCCAGACUGAACUAGAAGAUGAUUCUAGUGCAGGAUGUUCUAAGGAUUCUUUGUUCCAAUUCAACAAAACUCUGUCCCAGGAGUCUGAUGUUUAUCAAAAUUCUGAUUCUUCAGUUUCUCAUCAUGUACUUGGUCUACAUUUUGAAGAUAAAAAAACGACUUUUAAAACAGCUCUUUCUAAUGUUAAUUUAAAGAGAGAGUUUCCCACCGAUUCAGAAGAUGUACAGAAUCUGAACAUCCCUAACAAAAUUUCCAAGGAAGAUGGAGAGACCUUACCUCAGGUUAUUCCAAAUACUAAAGUGGGAGAGAGUCCAGUAAUCUUGGUAGAUGCAUCAGACUUUGAAUGUUCUCUUUGUAUGAGGUUAUUCUAUGAACCUGUUACCACUCCAUGUGGACAUACUUUCUGCCUAAAAUGUCUUGAACGCUGCCUUGAUCAUACACCAGACUGUCCAUUGUGCAAAGAGAAGCUGUCUGAAUUUUUGGCAAGCAGAAGUUAUAAAAAAACCACAUUGACUGAAGAAUUAAUACUUCAUUAUUUACCAGAAGAGUUAUCUGAUAGAAAAAAGGUUUAUGAUGAUGAAAUGAAGGAGUUAUCAAAUUUGACUAAAGAUGUUCCCAUCUUUGUGUGCACCAUGGCCUUUCCUACAAUCCCUUGUCCACUACAUGUCUUUGAACCUCGAUAUAGGCUUAUGAUAAGAAGAUGCAUGGAAACUGGCACCAAACGGUUUGGCAUGUGUUUAGCUGAUGAGCUUAAAGGAUUUGCUGAUUAUGGAUGCAUGUUGGAAAUUAGGGAUGUCAGAUUUUUUCCUGAUGGAAGUUCAGUCGUUGAUACAGUUGGCAUUAGUCGCUUCAGGGUCUUAAGCCAUGGUCUGAGAGAUGGGUAUAACACUGCAAACAUUGAAUACCUUGAAGAUAAAAAGGUGGAGGGACCAGACUAUGAAGAACUUGUUCAUCUUCAUGAUUCUGUAUAUGAUCAAGCUGUUUCCUGGUUCACUUCUCUUAAGGAGAACAUGAAAGCACAAAUUUUAAAUCAUUUUGGAUCAAUGCCAAGCAAGGAAUCUGAGCCACAGAGUAAUCCUAGUGGUCCAGCAUGGUAUUGGUGGCUCCUGGCUGUGUUGCCAUUAGAAAACCGGGCUCAGCUUGCUAUACUUGGUAUGACAUCCCUUAAAGAUCGUCUAAUUGCCAUCAGGCGUGUAUUAAUAUUUGUAACACGUAAAAGACCCAGAUGACAAGGGCUAAUUUAUAACCCGAAGACAAAUUGAGAUUUUUCUUGUCUUUCUCUCAAGAUUGUUGGAAACCCUUAUGCUUUUAAGUGUCAAGCACAGAUGAAUAGCCAUCCAUUUUGGUGUGUGAGACACACUAAUUAUAGGGUCACAAAAUGGACAAUUUAUUAAACUUUGAACCCUACUCAGAAGUGAAACACUGUGCCUGCCAUCCUGGUGGAACCUGAGCCUCUAUAAUGUAAUUCUACAAUUAUAAUGGAGUCCAUAGAUGUGGAAACAAUUUAAGAAAAAACUCUUCAUAGUAAAUGCUUCUAGCCUGCAAUACACUGUGCUCAAAGCACUGGAACACCACAAGUGGCUUAUGUGCAGUUUGAAUUUGAUAGGGAAAAAGAACUCCCUUGACAGUAAAAUCUCUUGCUAAAUUAGGUGUAUUUGCCAGAGGGAAACUAAAUUUUCAUAUGGAAGUAGUUUUCCCAGAGCACAUUGCUGAUACACAAUGUUGCCACCCUUUUUUGUGUUUACGAAAUAUUCUUGUCUGUGAAGUUGAGUAGUUAAGGCAUUGUCCAAUGAAAGCUAUGUGAUGUCUACAUAAGUGAUAGCUACUAAAUAGAAUUGUAUUUGGUAGCCUGUAGUAGUCCCUAGUGUUGUAAUUUGCAUGUCGUCAUCAAAUGAAUGUCAGAAUACAUCUGAAAGAAGUGUACCUUGAAAAUAGAAAAACCUAAAAGUAGUGCAUCUGGUCAGAAGCUAGCUAUUUGGUAAGAAAUCAACAAGACCAAGGUAGUUUGCUACAUUUAUAGAGAUGUCAAAUGUACAGCCUAUAGGCUGGAGUUGGCCCACUGAAUAUUUAAAAAAUAUAAAUAACCCUGUCUUAUUAAUUCAAUGGAUGAUAUGUGUUUUGUGAAAUAUUAGUAUAGUCCAUCAUUAUAUUCAUAAACAUAAAGUUAGCCCAUCAACAGAUUUGAGUUUGACACCCCUUUACUACUACAUAAAGAUGUUAAAGGCUGCUAUGAAAUAGUUUUCUGUUUCAAUUCAGAUACAUGAAAAGUUUAUGAUUAUGUGUGAUUGGUGUGGGUGUGUAAGCAUUCCUCAAGUUUCCCUAUAACACCAGUUUAAAAAUCUUAACUCUUGUUUUUAGAAGCAGAUGGCCUGCAAUGAUCAGAACAGGUAUUGUCUAUUAAGGAAGGAUGCCUGUAUGUGCCAACCUAAUACAUAUUAUGUAUGGAACAGUAUUGGUUAAAAGGAUAAUUUUAAUCUGUACUGGUUACUGUUCUGAUUUACAUAUCAGUUGGUGCAUGUGGACAGAUUCUUGGUCCAUGAUGCUGAUGUUAUCAGUAUGAAAGAAGGCAUGGACUUUAUGUAAAUGAAAGGCAAAUCUCACUUCAAGUUUUGUUAUCCUCAUUCAAUGUAUAUGGUAUUUGGUUUUUUUAAAAAAUAUAUUUCAUAAUACCAAAUGUUUCUGGUUUGUCAGUCCGUUAAUCAGAUAAUUAGGAAUUUAGUAAAAUGACAGUAUUACUUUAGUUCAAGUUUUAUGGGUUUCCAAUACAUAACACUACUUAUACAAACAGAAGAUUGGGUGUGGGAUAAAUUUGAUCUUUCCAAGAGAGAUGGAGGGUUCCUGUGCCAUGUAAUACUUUUAAGAAAAAGAAUUUUGAAAAUAUUUCAUGAUCAAAUGUUUAAAGUGCCUCACUUGCUUAUUUUGAAUUUAUCUCAGUACAGAUGUAGUUUAAAAUCAAUUUGCCCAAAUCAAUUCUAAAAUAUUUCAUCAAUAAAAACAUUUAACAACUUUAACAGUAUUCAACUUUUUGGGGCAUUGAAGUCUUUGGUCUUCUAACAAAAACAAAAACCAAGUGUGUGAUGUUCCAGAAAGCUUUUAUUAUAAGUGGUUCAUAAAAAUUGUUAAUAUGCACUGAAUAUUCUGUAUUUUUUCCUUAUGGAAAAUAUUUUUUAUCUUAACUCCGUAUACUUGUGAAUGUUUUUAAAAAAUUUAGGCAUAUAAUUUAUCACCAGUGGCAUAACAACUCCGAUAGCCUUUGUGGAAAUUAAGUUUCUAUCGUCAGAGUAAGAAAAGGUUUACCUGUAUUAGUGCUCUUUCCACUAACAUUUAGAAGCUGUCGUAGUGUCUUCUGCACUGUUGAAAUGUAGCUCACAAUUCUCAGAGAAAAACUUUUACAAGUGAGCUAGCAUCAUUAUUGUCAUUUUCUUUUUCUUCCCUUCAUUUAUUUCUAUUUGAGUCUUGCCAAAUCUAUUAAUUUCUGUCUUCCUUCCCUUCUUUAAAAGUUGGUACACACUACAUAACAAUGCUGCUGCAUAACAGAACAUGAUGCAUGUUUUUGCUACCAAAGGAAAUAAGUAAUAAUCUUAGCAACCUAUUAAAUGUUACACAGUUUUAGUGCUGUUGCAAAAUACCAAGUCCAGGAUUCAGCAGAAGCUGAAUACUUGAAGUGCAACUAGAUGACAGGCGACUUAACUUAUUAGAAAGCCAGUUUUAUAUUUGUCACCAUUAUUCUUUGACGUUAACCUUCAAGUUAAAAAGCAAAAGCAAAAAAAAAAAAAAAAAAAAAAAAACACUCAAACUUAAAUUCACCAAAAUUGUCCAAAACUUGGAGACAUUAAAAGUAGUUUGGGGAAAUCUCAGAAUUAAUAGCAGAUCAAGCCAGUUUAUUAACUAACAUUGGAGACAGCACAGUUUCUAAGAAUUCCUUGAAAAUUAACAUAAUCUGUUACUCAAAGCCAGGGCCUUUUAAUUUCAUUUUGGAGUGAGGUUUCUUAAACAGUAUUAUUUUAGUCAUAUCAGCUUAACAACUUCUGCUUUGUCUUUUUUUUUAAUGAGUAUUUUUAACUUAUACUAAUUUAAUAAUAUUAAUAUCAAUUCUUAGGGUAAUUUUUUUUCUUCCUUGAGUACAGCUAAGCUCCCUGUUAUUUAACAUCCUUCAAACUGGAGUUGACAGUGUGGUAAUAAUAUCAGAGCACUGCAUUUGGAAUCACAAGAAGGGCCAGGAUCAGAUCCUGCCUCCACCAAGUACCUGUGUAACCUUGUUGUAAAGUAAGGGGAGCUGCAUUAGAUGGACAAGUAAGUUUGUUCUCUCCCUAACCACGUAAGCCUAUUUAUAUCUAAGGUUGCAAAAUACAAGAUAACAAUGGGCACUAGCUGCAAUAGAAUGGAAAUUCAAAGACGAGGACAUUUUCACAUCAGAGUAGAUUUUGCUUCAAGGUGGAUGCCCACAACUUUCUUUCCCAGAGCAGAAGUUAGACUUUUUGGUAGUUGUAAAUAAUGAAAAGAUAAAAUGUUGAGAUCUGUGUCAGCAGCCCCAAGGUAAGAUUCUUUUACUGUAUAAAAAAUGGGCCAAUGUUUAUCCAUUUUUAGGAUUAAUAAGUACUAGAAGCAGUUUGUUUGCAGUGAAUAAGCCUUCAUGAACAGAAGAUUAAAUAUAUGUGAAAGGUAUUAAUUUUGAAAAGUCUUUGGAAUUAAAUAAUAUACACAUCAUGGCUAUCCAUCAGUCAGAGUACACUAUUUUAAGUUGCCAGAUAACAGAGAGUUUACUGUAAUACUUCCCUAUUGAUGCAGUUCUGUUUUUCUAAUUCCUUUAAUUUUUUUUCCUAUUUUUUUCUAACCAUUUAAACUACGGUAAUUUCUACCACAUCAAAAUUUACAUUUAAAAAUUGUAUACUUUAUCCAUCAAAUAAAGUUAAAACCUAAACAGAUUUGAAUAGUAGCCUUUUAAAAAGGAAUUGUGACUGGAAAAAAAAAUUUUUUUUUUAAAGGCCAUCCAGUAAGUUUGACACAUAAAAUUACGGGUAAUAUCUAUUUCUACAGAGUUCAUGGUGUUGUUUUUCCUAGAUGGGAAUCACAGGUUGUCAGUGGCAACUGAUGGUUCUCUGGGUAACCUCUACCCAGCAUUAUUUCUCACUAAAUGGCAUAAUAAUAUUUUGGAUAAGUUCUUUUUCUUUAGCCUAUUAAAACUUAGUUCAGAGAAUAGGUAAAGUGGGAGCAUUUCUCAUAUUGAGCCAUCCAGACAGGUAGAAAACACUGAACCCUGAAAUAUUACUGAUUCUCCCCUCCUUUUCUCACUGGUGCUAGAUAUUUAAUCCUAAGAAGUUUGCUUCUAACUCUUAGGAAAGGACCAACGGCAGUACUCAAAAAAAGUUUAAAUGCUAAGAAAUGUUGACCCAAGUCUGACCAAUCUAUAGAAUAGCCUUUCAGUAACAGUUCUUGCCUUUAGUAUAUUGUGCAUUUUAUAGAAUAUUAUUUUGGCAUAAGAUAGUCACAUAAAAGUGCCACAGCUCCACUCUGGCAAAUUUGGGGAUCAUAAUUCAUGCCUGGAUACAUAUAUCUGGAUUCAGCUAAUGGAGGAUGUCUUUCCUUGGUGAAUAAAUAGAAAUGUGUAUGUAAGUAGGCCUUGUGACUGCAACCAUCCCAACUAUGCAAUUUGUAUAUGGCAUUUCAAUGAAGAAGCCAUUUAUUUCCAACAUGAAGUAAGAAGAAAAGCCUUUGGUUGCAUAAAAGAUUAAAUUCAGAUGUGUGCACUCAAGGUCAAAGUAUGGAAACCUCUAGGUAAGGGAAUUUGGACCAAGAUUCUGCCCUGAAUAUGUUGCCUAAUUAAUGAGGCUGGAUUGGCAAAUAUGAUAAGCCUUUAGAAAGAAAAAAGUGAAAAUCAGUUUUCAACAUACUCUUUAACUUUUUGCUUUUCAGGGACCAUUUUUAAAAAUGCCAUUUGGGGCCUUUGCCAUCUAUCAUAAUAUUUUAACAUGAAUAGUUUGUCAAGCUUUAUACUACUAAUUGUCUGAUCGGUUACAGACUUUCAUACCUCUCACUGCGUACCCCCACACAGUUUUCACACUGAAAUACAUGGAAAAACUGUUCUUGCUAAGAUGGAAAGUUGUAUACUAUAUUCAUAUGUAGCUUUCAUGCUAGUGGAGUUGGUAUUGGUAGCGCCUUAAUUUUGCAGUUGUGAAAUGAUUGUACCAAUUAAGAAUCUGAUCUGUAUUUUUUAUAUAAUUAAAUGAGCAGGUUUGAACAAGUAAGUUUUAACAUAGAUAAACUUGAAAUGAAAUCAUGCUCUUACCUGUUUUAAGAUAGACAAUGUGUUCUUACAUCUGUGUAAUAUAAAUUAUUAAUCUGCGCCUUCUCUUUUAUAUUAAGUAUAAGUAAGACAGGUCCAUGUUGUCAUAAUAGUGUUUGGCAUUCUUGUUGCAUAAGUAAAGCCAAACCUGAAAUGCUGCAAUAUUCACUUCAUGUAUAUUUGUAAUAUUCAUUGGAAAUGUAUAUUUAAUUUAUGUGAUGUUUGGAAUAAAUAAAUCAAAUUCUCAUUGUUGCAUAUCUGCUGUAAAUAAAACCUCUCAUGAAUUAGAA